CAUACGCUCUCACAAAGAAGGUUUCCAGUGUCAACAAUAACGGGAGGGGAAACAUUUCCAUCGAAAUCGCUUUUAUACAAAUCAGGAGUCGAGUAGGAUGUUGACUUAUUGCGAUGGAACAUGUGAUUUGAAGGAGAGAUAAAAAUUCUGUUUAGACAGGGCUCUUCUGUUUCCUUAAAAGGAUCGGGCUUGACAUGCAGCUGAAGCUCUUCAACAUUUCAUUGCCAACAACAACCAAAAACUAGUUUUGGUGGAGACGGAUGACAGAAGUUUCACCAGCCCGCUUACAUUCAGGGGCAAUUUUAAACUAAAAAGAUGAAAUGCUGCUCCAUGAAGACGGGACUACUUUUCUGCAUUAUGUGUGCUUUUUUGCUGUGUCUUCACAAAAUACGUCAGAAAGGAAGCAUUUACCACUCGACAAGCACUAAAAAUUUGACCAUCUUGUUGUGGAACUGGCCUUUUGGACGCAAAUUCAGUCUGAAGGGUGAUGUGUGCUGGGACCUCUACAAAAUACCAAGCUGUAGACUGCUGGAUGAGCAUUCCUCGUUCCCCUCAGCUGAUGUGGUGGUGUUCCACAACAGAGAAGUGAUACAGGGAAGUCAGAAAAUGCCCACCGACCUCCCACGACCACAUGGCCAGAGGUGGGCCUGGAUGUCCCUGGAGUCUCCUGCUCAUAACGGAAACUUACAGAAGUUUGCAAACAUCUUCAACAUGACUAUAUCCUACAGAAGGGAUGCUGAUGUGACCAUACCCUAUGGUGAGCUUCAAUUUGUGGAGUCCGAAGGUAACCUGCCGGAGGACAGCCACAUGAAUAAGACCUCUCUGGUCUGUUGGGUGGUCAGCAACUAUAGGAACAACCAGAAACGGACCCAAGUGUACAACGAGCUGAAUGCCAUAGUUCCUGUGGAUGUUUACGGGCGUUGGAAUAAAAAGCCGCUCUCCUCUGACGAUCUCUUACCAACAAUCUCUCGCUGCUACUUUUAUUUGGCCUUUGAGAACUCAGUGGCAAAGGAUUAUAUUACAGAGAAGCUGUGGAAGAAUGCUUACCAAGGAGGUGCUGUACCCAUUGUACUCGGACCCCCGAUAAGUGACUACAACGCUGUGGCUCCAACUCAUUCUUUUAUCCAUGUCGAUGAAUUUGCAUCAGUACGAUUCCUGGGAGAGUACCUUCAAAAACUUGCAGAGGACAGGGAACGGUACAAGGAAUAUUUUAACUGGAAAAAACACUGGAAAGUGAAAGUUAGUGUAGACUGGAGGGAAAGGCUAUGCCAUAUCUGUUUACAGUACAACAAUUUACCUCAGAACAAGGUUUAUUCAGAUCUAGAGGCCUGGGAUAAGGCUUAUUACACUUAACCAUAAGACACUGUGGCUGUAUUUGAUGUGUGUUUACAGGAAUUAUUGCUCUUAGGUUGCACUUAACCAAUAAGGUAAAUUGAAAUACGAGAAAUGUUUACCACUAAAAACUAAAACAAACUAUGUUUUAGAACUUGAAUUGGCCUUAAGGGGACAUAUGCAAAAUCCACUUUUUUAGCCAUUAAAUACAUUUUGUUGUAUAUUUAGAGUUUCUAGGAAUGCAAAAUAUUUGAAUGUAGUCUGUCCAGGAGUUGCGUAGAUAUUGUUAUGUUGUUUUUGGGUCGUAUUUUUCAAGCCAUUCAGUUUACUCUGUAUCUAUUACAUCUUUGUACUACUACGUCAGAGUAUUUGCUGUUGAUCUACUAAACAAGGUCAUGGAUUUCUGACUUACCAA